GCGCAAAUUGAGAAGUGUCAAAAAAAUAUAUCUUGUGUGAAGAUAGGUAUUGAAGUUGCCGAACGACGGACGAAGUCUCUCAUUAAAAUUUAUUUUAAAUAAUUGUGCUUACGUCCCGAAGGAUCGGUUUAAAUUAAGUUCUCAAGUCGCUUUAAUAGUGUUCAAAGUGUUUAAAAUCGUUAAAAUGGCCGACAAAAAAGGAGUUACUGGUCCCGCUUCUCAAGGAUACAGUUCAGCUCCACCACCGCAGGGUAACCCCCAAGUUCAAGCUCCUCAACCACCUUAUGGCGUUGUACCUGGAAUUCAUGGUGCUGCCCCAUAUAUGAUACCUGGGCAAGCUCAAAUCUAUCCUCAAGGGCCUCCUCCGACAUAUGAUCAAGCUCUAACUCAUCCAGCUAUUGUAGGACAACCCAUUUAUCCUCCAAGUGCUUCUAUGUAUGCAACCGGAUAUCCAUCAUACAUAGGUUACCCGACUUACGCUCCAAUGCAAUUUUAUCCAACUUUAGGAGCUUAUUCCUAUGCAAUGCAACCAACGCAAAUUAGACCAACUAUAAUGAUUCCAAAUGGAUUUGAUUCGGGAGCUAGAUUUGAUGGACUUGCUCAGCCGGUUUUGCCUCCAGCCCCACCGGGAGUUCAACCCAACGGGGCUCAAUUGGCUGCCAUGGCUGGUCACACGGUCGCGUUGGGACAAAAAAAGGGUUCGUUCUUAGGUUCGGCCGACGGUGGAUACACAUUUUGGUAGGACCGUUACCAAACUUUUAAACAAAAAAGAAAACUAGCUAAUAAAGAUUUAAUUUAUAUUGUAUUUAAAUUAACGACUAUAUUUGCUAGAAAUCUAUGGUUUUUUUUUGACAUGGAAAGUGAACUUGACUUUUAUAAUAAAUAAUUAAAAAAGCUAAUAAAAAACGAUCAUUUAUUUACUUAAAAGAAAAGUUCACUAAUUCUUUGUGCAAAUACCAUGAUUCUAUUUAAAUAGUUUUACGAACAAAGUAAUAAUAUCUUCGUUGAGACGAUUCUAUUUCUAGUUAUUUUCGAUCAGAUGAUCUUUAGUAUUAUUCAUAUGUGAUAAUGUCUAAGUUCAAUCUGAUCGAUUUCCCCAAAAAAAAAGAAAAAAAAUUGAACUAAGUUUAAAGAAAGUAAAUGGAAAUAGAAUAUAUAGAAUAUAAAAAAAUAAAAGGCAAUAUAUCAGUGAUAUAGUCCUAUAAACUCUAGAGUUACUGUCAAUAUUGUAAAAGAAUAAAAAAAAACGAAAAUUAAACGACUAGGUACCUUUUUGAUGAAAAAAAAAACUAAUUUAAAAUAAAAUGUUUCGCGUUGAUGAAUUUGUACUUCGAAAGAAAGCAAAUUUGCGCUCAAAAUCAUUUUUAAUUUUUGCAAUCGCGCGUUUCUGUGUGCAAUAUCCGAUAAUUUUCGUUUUCAUCAGUACUCUUAAAAUUACUCCCCUAAUCUCUCAAAUCUUUGUUAUUAAUAUUAUUUAUGUAUGUAACUUUGUUUACCGUUGUUGCUCAUUAUUAUUAUUAUUAGAGAAAAGUACAUAUUAUUUUUAUAUUGUUUUCAUUUUGUAAAAGCGAAGGAAAAAAAAAAACGCCCGAACGCGCCAGUUUAUAAUACAUAAUAUAUUAAAUAAUGUAACUAUUUUGUUUUCGAUACGAUGCCCCGAUCUUGUCUGGUGUGCGAAAGUAUAAAAGAAAAUAUGAUGAAACACCAACGAUUGUUAUUGUUGUAAGAAAAAAAAAUGUUUUUCCGAUAUUAGUCAAGUAUACUUACUUGUUGAAUCAGUUGACGAUUAUACUUAAAAAAAAAAACUGUUUUUUCAUGAUACAAUCGAUCAAACUGUGAAAUGUGAAUCUACCUAAAAUGAUAAUAAAAAAGAUCAGCAGAAAUUUAAA